AUGGUACGCACAAGAUCGACGGAAGGGGCUUCGUUCUACGGAGAGGACAAGAUGCAUUGGUAUCAAAUGGGCCUGUUUCAUGUUGGUAAGGAUUCAUUACCAGAUCUGGCCGAUCCACCAUCUCCAGAUAACAGUAAGUUCACCAGUAUCGCUCUGUUGAUCAACCAAGAUUAUGUCGGUAUAGUGGUGGCCAUCUAUCCAACAUUGGGAUUUUACCUGCCAACAAUUGACCCAAAGUACCCUAAACCUACGUAA